AUGGGUGACCUCCCGACGACCUUUGACAAGCCCGUCCACAUCGCCGUCAUUGGCGGCACUGGCCUCGGCCAGCUUGAGGGAUUCGAGCCCGUCGCUGCCCUCAACCCCAUCACUCCCUGGGGCAAGCCCGCAUCGCCGAUCCAAAUUCUCUCCCACAAGGGUGUCAACAUCGCCUUCCUCGCACGUCACGGCCAGUACCACCAAUUCGCACCCCACGAGGUCCCCAACCGAGCCAAUAUUGCUGCCUUGCGCCACAUCGGAGUGCGAUGCGUCAUCGCUUUCUCCGCGGUCGGAUCGCUACAGGAGGAGAUUAAGCCCAUGGACUUCGUGGUACCGGACCAGGUCAUUGACCGCACAAAGGGUAUCCGCCCCUUCACCUUCUUCGAGGGCGGUGUCGUUGGCCACGUCGGCUUUGCCGAUCCCUUCGAUGCGGGUCUCGCGAAAGUAGUAAAGACUUGCGCUGAGCAUAUGGAGGGCGACGGUGUCGUUCUACAUGAGAAGGGCACGGUCAUUGUUAUGGAGGGGCCCCAGUUCUCGACACGGGCCGAGUCGCACAUGUAUCGAUCGUGGGGUGGAUCGGUUAUUAACAUGUCGACGCUUCCUGAGGCCAAGCUGGCCCGUGAGGCCGAGAUGGCCUACCAGGUGAUUUGCAUGGCGACAGAUUAUGACUGCUGGCACUCCUUUGAGGACGUCAACGUGGAGAUGGUCAUCAAGUGUAUGAAGUCCAACGGCGAAAACGCCAAGCGCCUGGUGGGUGCCGUGCUGGAUCAACUGGCACAACAGGAGCACGGUGACUUGGUCAUGGCCAAGCACUGGCAGGGAGUAUCGCAGGGGGCUGUCAAGUUUAUGACCAAGCCUGAAGGCCGCAACCCGGAGGCGAUGAAGAACGUCGAGUACCUGUUCCCCGGUUUCUGGGAGCAGUAG